UUCUCCCGAUCUCCUCCCCUCUUUGUGUCAACGUCCUGAUUCCCCCUCUCCACCUGAUCCUUUGCUUCUUCCUCACGAUCUCGCCACUCCGCCCGCCCUCGUGCGUCGUCACCCUUGCCGACUCCGUAAAUCGGCGUCAGUCGGCCACCAGCUACCCGAGUCCCCUUCGCGCGAACCCUAGAGUCGGAUCCCCCUCACCGUAGCUUUUUCUUCAUCUGCUGACCAUCGAUCCUGACGUCACCGACAUUGGUGAUGACCCUGCCGCCCUACUAUGGCCACCUCCCGAUCGCCCAUCUUGCCAUCAUGAAUGCGUUACUAAGUUUUUCAGAGACUUUAAGGGUUCGAUCUGCCUCUCAUCCUUUUCUCCAAUUUCCUUCGGGACGCGGGUUAGGGCAGCACUUCGGUUCCAGCAGAGAGACAAACGUCACCCGCUGUAUUUCUCCUCCGCCGUGCUGCUGCCGAAUCCCGACCCUCCUUCGAUCCAUGGCUUCUAUCGACACGGACGUCGACAUGGUUCCAGUCGGUGAAGGUUCAAGCGUCGGCGUCGCGGGAUCGUCCUCCGCCGCCGCUUCCUCCUCUUCGAAAAAGCCGAAGAGGUUCGAGAUCAAGAAGUGGAACGCUGUCUCCCUCUGGGCCUGGGAUAUUGUGGUGGACAACUGCGCUAUUUGUAGGAAUCACAUCAUGGAUCUCUGCAUCGAGUGCCAGGCUAACCAGGCGAGUGCGACUAGUGAGGAGUGCACAGUGGCUUGGGGUGUCUGCAAUCAUGCCUUCCAUUUCCACUGUAUCAGCCGUUGGCUUAAAACUCGCCAAGUCUGCCCCUUGGACAACAGCGAAUGGGAGUUCCAGAAAUAUGGUCACUAGAAUAAUCAUCAAGGUGUUUCCAAGGCAGUUUGGAUCCUGCGGUAGUGAUCAUCCAGAAGAUACUAAAACUCGUAUUUACUCGACUUGCACUUUGUUUACAAUUAUGCCAACUUGCUGCAAAUUUCUUCAAUACCAAUUGGUUUUAAUGCUGAGGAAAGUAGUUGUUAUGCUGUAUGUGUGGUUUCAUACUCUACUAUUAAUCUUUGUUUAGUAGGAAUAAUAUAAUUAAGUGCUUGUUCUGUGUGAUCAA